AUGCAUCCAUGUUCAAUUUUUCUGUUUUUUUAUUGUAGACAAAUUAAAGAUGAAGAAAAAGUAUCAGUAUUUGAAAGUGAUAAUUGGAAGCGUGUAUUGAUAUUAUUAGAAGCUAUACAGGAGAAGAAGAAAAUUGAAAAUGCACCAAAACUGGUGCCUUUAGCAAUACAGUUAUUAACAAGAAUUUUAGAAAGUGAUGAUCAUAUUAAUGGUGAAUAUAUUAAACAGCUAGUUUUAUCUACACUAUAUUUUAUAUGUUCAAGACAUUUAGAAGAAAUAAAAUCAUCAGGAUUAAAGGCUGAACAGUUUAAUUUAGAGAUGAUAGUACAGUGUAUAAGGACAUCUGAUAAUCCUCAAACACAUCAUCAAGCUUUACUGGUUCUUACAGUAGCUGCUAAAAUACAACCUGGUCAGUUACUGCACAAUGUGAUGUCUGUAUUUACCUUUAUGGGUGCCAACACUCUACGUCAAGAUAAUACCUAUAGUUUUCAUAUAAUAUCUCAAAUAUUAGAAACAGUUAUACCUGCAUGUGAAGAAACUACCAAAUCACCAAAAUCAGGAAAGAAAGAAGAUGAAAAGAAACCAGAAAUGAUUAUAGGAAUGAUCUUACGUAUAUUUGUUGAUGCUUAUCCUCAUAUCCCAGAACACAGGAAACUGAUGUUAUUCUCUAAACUGAUACAGAUUGUUGGUCCUGAUAAAUAUCUCUGGCAUUGUCUGUUAUUAUUUAUAGAACAAGUGGCCACCAAGGGUCGUCAAACAUCAAUAGAAGAUGAUGAUGAGGAUUCUAAGCAAGCUGGUCCCAUUUCAACUACAGAUUUAGACUUUAUAUUAAAAUUAGCUACAUCCUUCCCUCUUGUUACACAAAUAUCAUCAGUUAAAACUAUGAUUAGUUUUAUAGCUUCUUUACCUGUUGAGAAAGAUGAUGUACCUUUACAACCAUCUAUAAAUAAAGCUAAAUAUACAACUGAUGUUAAUAUUAUUACUGAUGAAGCUAAAAUAUUUAAUCUGGCUACACAUACAGCUAAACAACUCCGGCAUUUUAAAUAUGCUACCUUUUAUUUACUCUGUCAACACUUACAAUGUGAAUCAUUCUUAGCUCAGAUGGCUAAUCAUCAAGAAGAAGAGUUGCUACCUAAUUUUCAGAAAUAUUUGGAGAAAGUUCUUCAAUAUUUAUCACAAGCAGCCAGAAACUCAGAGUUAUGUCAACAGAAAUCAGAUAGCAAAUUUCAUAAAGUUUUACUACAUAAAGUAUAUGAUUUAUUAGAUAAGGUUGUGUCUCUACUUCCUGAUGUUAUGUUUGUACAAGUUGUGUCAGGCUUAAUGGACCAUGAUUUAGUACCAGUUCAAAGGAAAUCUAUGGAGUUGUUAAAUACUAAAUUACAUCAAAUAAAGGAAAGCCAAUCCAGCACUCAGUCUGAGAUGUUAUUACCACUGGUAGAGAAAUUAAACAUCAUAGCAAAACUAACUUUAUUGGUGGAGAGCGAGGAAGAAAAAACAUUGAAUGGUCAAACAGCUUUAUAUAGUUUAAAACUAUUGUGUAGAAUGUUAGCUAGUAAAAAUCCUAAACCAUUUGUUGAGGUAUUAAAAUUGUCAAGUGAAGUAUUAAAGAAAAGAAGAGAAAAUCCAGCUAUAUGUGCUACAGUAUUAUUAUGUAUAGCAGAACUGUGUACAUGUCUUAAAGUACAUGUUAUACAAUAUCUUCCAUUGUUUAUACCACAAGUUAUAGAAAUGGUAGCCCAAGAUGAUUCAUUAUUAGAUAAUGAGUUGUUAACAUUAAGUUUUGCUACAGCUUUAUUAUGUGUUGUUCAGAAUUUACCCCAGUUUUUAUCACCAUAUUUACUAGAUAUACUUCAUCAGGUUUGUCGUAUAUCGUAUUUUGCUGAUGGUGAUAAUCCACAAAGACCACAAUUAAAGAUUAGAUUACAGCUAGUCAGACAUCUGUUAGCUACAUCAUUACCAUCUCGAGUUAUUCUACCUUGUAUCUUUAACUGUUAUGAUUUAUUAGUUACUACAGAUUGGGUAAGAUAUAUUUUUGUCAUGUCUAUAUUAAAAGAACAUAUAUCAGAGAUGAAGAAGGAAGAUCUAGAUAGUUAUCAAAAUCAACUCUUAGAAUUCUUUUAUAAAGCAUUUGAUUUCCGUAUUAAAUAUUCUCAGGUAAUUAUUAAACAUUUUAAAAGUGGUAUUAUCACUAUAGAAGAUUCUGUUAUUCCAACUAUGACUAGUAUGGUAAUGAAGAUGUCAGAGGCUAGCUUUAGACCUAUGAUGUUUAAGGUAUUUGAUUGGUGUACAAGAGAUAAUAAUAAAGAUAGAAUAUUGGUACUAUAUCGUCUUAGUGACUAUCUGGUGGAAACAUUAAGAAGUUUAUUUAUGAUAGUAGCUGGUCCUAUAGUUAAUUAUACAGCACAAAUAUUAGAUCUGAACAAUUCAUCUAAAACAAGAAAGGUUAAUAAUAAUAAACAGAAUGUAUUAAUAACAUCUAUAUUAGAUUGUUUAUCUAAAUGUUUUCUCUAUGAUAAUGAAGGAUUUUUAACUUCUGAUAGAUUUGAAACUGUCAUGCAACCAAUAGUAGAUCAAAUUGAUAAUUUACCAUACAAUAAAAAGGAAAGUAUCUAUAAAAACAGAGUAACUAAUCAUUUAGUACCUUGUAUUGGUAACUUAGUCCUAGCAGCCCAUGAUGAUUCUUUAUGGAAAAAACUCAACUAUCAAAUACUUCUUAAAACUAGACAUUCUGAUGCACUGGUAAGAAUGGCAGCUUUAGAAAUUGAAGAUGAAUUCCAUAAGAAAUUAGGUCUAGAUUUCAUGACUUUAUUACCAGAAACAAUUCCUUUUCUGGCUGAAUUAAUGGAAGAUGAUAAUGAAGAAGUAGAGUCUAAAUCACAUCGUGUUAUUGUGGAAAUGGAGAAAACUUUAGGAGAACCAUUACAGAAAUAUUUCUAAAUAAAAAAUUACAAUUAUACUCAGUGUUUAUCCUAAUAAAAUAUUUCAAAAAUC